CCGGCUGUACUUAACACUGCGCAUUCUCCGGACCACAACACUUUGUCUCUCUCGCUCCUCUCCCUCUUCUUCUCCCUAACGAGCUCUGUAAUGUCCUGUUAAUUUUGUGUGCCCUAGUUAAUGAGCAUUAAUCCAUCACCCCUGGAUGCUAUUGUUGCGGGGGGGAUGGCCAUUUGAAUGCUAAUGCGUGACACUGUGACAGCAAGGUGCUUAUUAAACUGAUGUGUCCUCCUGUCUGUUCUGCUGGGAGCUCAGUGCAGUGAAGACGCGCGGCGGAGAGCAGCGGCUCGGACUCUUCGGAACUUUCUCACCAAGUUUGGCUCUGCUGCUAACAAAACAAAAAGUACUACAACAUGGCGAGUUCUGCUUCUCUGGAGACGGUGAUGUCCUGCGGAAGGACCGGGCCCUCCGUGGCCCCUAAGAGUCUCGCCUUCUCCAUAGACCGGAUCAUGUCCAAGAGCUCGGAGCCGAAGGGGAGCGCGGAGGAGCGCGCGGAGGGGAAGAAGCUGUUCUGCUCCCCGAUCCCCUGCAUGAUCCCGCUGCAGCCCUUCAGCUACGACCUGCAGGCCAAGGCGCUGAUGAACUACUCGGAGCUGUGGAGGGCCAGUUUCAGGGGCACUUUUUGCGGUUCCGCAGCCGUUCAGUGCAAAGGGAAUUGCGGCAUGUGUGGCAAAUCGGAGCUGGGCAUGAAGCAGCCGCUGCUGACAGGGAGCAGGGUGGUGAAACCUCAGGUCCUGCACCAGGCAGUGGCCGUGCCCAGCGGCGGCUCGCUGUACUAUCUCAACUACCUGGACUCUGCUUACCAGCAGUCCGAGCUGCUGGCCGGACACUGGUUCUCCAGCCCGCAGGCCCAGGCCUCUCUGUCGGCGCACCACAGACUGCUGCUGCUGGAGAACGCCAAACUGGCCGCGGCGGGGACCGAAAAGCUGCCCACCCCUCAGUACCCGCACAAGGAGCACCUGCCGGGGCAGCUGGACCAGAUAGUGAAGGAGAACCACGGCCUGAGCGCGGAGAAGAACGGGGUGAAGCCCCUUAGCAAGCUGGGCAGCGGCGCGAGCAGCGCGGCGGACGGGAAGCCCAAAAACUUCACAUGUGAAGUGUGUGGAAAGGUUUUUAACGCUCACUACAACCUGACCCGGCACAUGCCGGUGCACACCGGGGCCCGGCCCUUCGUGUGCAAAGUGUGCGGCAAAGGCUUCCGGCAGGCCAGCACGCUGUGCAGACACAAGAUCAUACACACACAGGAAAAGCCUCAUAAAUGUAACCAGUGCGGGAAGGCGUUCAACAGGAGCUCCACGCUCAACACGCACGUUCGGAUCCACGCGGGCUACAAGCCCUUCGUGUGUGAGUUCUGCGGGAAAGGCUUCCAUCAGAAAGGAAACUACAAGAACCACAAGCUGACCCACAGUGGAGAGAAGCAGUACAAGUGCUCCAUCUGCAACAAGGCCUUCCACCAGGUGUACAACCUGACCUUCCACAUGCACACGCACAACGACAAGAAGCCCUUCACCUGCAACACCUGUGGGAAAGGCUUCUGCCGCAACUUCGACCUGAAGAAGCACAUCAGGAAGCUUCACGACAGCGUGUUCACUCCCCCCUCAGAGGCCUCCAGAGAGCUGCAGAGCUGAGGCCCGCUGAAGCCCCACUCACUUCAAUAUCCACCUGUUAGGCCUCAGACUGCUUCAUGUCCUGCAUUUGUGGCCAUGUUGAACAUUGUAAGUCCAGAGAGAAGGUGGGGUGGUCCAAUCAAAUUGGAUAUGACCCUUUAAAAGAACUUUGCUAAUCUUGCAGGAUUCAGGGUGUGUGUUUCCACGGCGACCCUGCAGGAACACAGAGCCGCACGACUUGAACCUGGCUCCAGGAACAUUAGAGUAUUUUCUUCCUGUCACAAGCUUGGGAGAAACCCUCUGUCUCCAUGAUGGAACUGUAAAUAAUAGGUUAUGGAAAUAAACAAAUGUUAUUUAAAAUGUGAAUAAUUUCCAUGUUGUGUAUUUCACAGAAAAAAUGUUAAUGUGAAUAAAUAAGUUAUAACUUAUAAUGAAAACUGAAUGUUUGAGAGAUGUUGCUUUUAUUGGCUAGGUUCAGAAACAUUGUAAGUGGCAUUAAGGUGACUGCAAGACAUGAACACAUUCAACACAUUUUC